AUGAUUGUUCCCCUGAUCCAGCCGGCAGUCACCUCUGCAAGUGCCAAACUUUUCAUCAAGAUGAACGUUGGCUUGGAAACAACAUUUGGUGCAGGAGAGAGCGAUCCUUCAUUUGAUAUUUCUGAUGGCAGUCGCUUUAUUGGCAUGCUUACUCUUGACAAAAAUAACUACAAUGGUGUCGCUCCUUGUCUUGGCAUCGAGGGAGCCAGCGGACCAACUAUGAGUCACCGCCAUUCAGAUGCUUGUCUCCCCAAACCAUCUGAGUCCUACUAUCCCGGACGAUUUGAGAUCCAGUUGAGCCUGUCUGACCGGUGGGGAACCUGUUUUGUCCCGUUAGACGGAGGCUUCAGCAGAGGGAUACCAGAACAAGCUGAAUCCUCGCAAAGGCCUGUUCUUGGAGAUUUAUGGCGAUGA